AUGUCCCAACCAUCAAACAAAUCCGAACCUAGCGAUGGAAGACCUCGAAAGCGUGGACGGCCACCAAGUAUUCAUAGUAACUCAUCGACUUCAAGGCAAACCUUGAUGAAAAAAAGAAAGGAAACGUUGACACCAAAAAAACAACCCAAGCCCGUAAUCCCAAUAACACAGAACAUUAUCUUACUGGAGUCAGAGUCUCCGGAUUCUAGCCAGCAGACUUCAGGAAACCAAUACAAUGACGCUAUCUGUGUCGUAUGUUGGAUGCCUUUUUGCAUUCGACAUUCCUUCCCUGCCCCUCGACGGCACGCCCCAACAUCAACGAAGUGGGCUUUGAAACGCGAUGAUACUAGAAAUUCACAUGAUGCUAGGGGCAGGCCAGCUUUCGUUCCUUGUUCUCACGAAGGCGCCUGCGAUCCUAAAAACUCAAACUGCUGCUGCAGGGAUGAGAGCGUUUAUUGUGAAAAGUUUUGCGAGUGUCCCGCGGAUUGUCCAAGAAGAUGGAAAGGAUGUACAUGCAAGAGCAGCAACCCUUGUACGGGAGGAAAAUGCCCUUGUGUUAGAGAAAAUCGGGAAUGUGAUCCUGAUCUUUGUCUAAGUUGCGGAGCGGAUGAGCAACUCGAUCCUAUUCAUCAAAGAUGCCGACCAGAAGACGAAAGUGUGGCGUCUGUAGUCGCCAACUCGACUACCAAGCGGGAUGUCAGGCUAACGGCUUGCCAGAAUGUAUUUCUCCAGUUAAAAGAGCCUCCAAUGACGAAAGUAGGGCCAACAAGUAUGCCAUUUAAAGGCAAUGGCUUGUUCGCAAUGGAGCCGAUAAAGAAGGGUAGUUUCGUUGGGGAAUAUACCGGAGAGGUGAUACUGGAAGGGGAGGCCAAUCGUAGGGUCGAUACCUACGAUAGUAGCACGAUAUCAUUUUUAUUUGAGAUAAACUCAACGCAUGAGAUUGAUAGUACCCACUAUGGAAACAAGACCAGAUAUCUGAACCACUCUGAAUUGGAGCCCAACUGCGGGCCAAAGGUCCUUCUGGUGAAUGGGAUACACAGGAUUGCAUUUAGAGCCCUUGAGGAUAUUGAACCUGGGCGAGAACUAACGUUUAAUUACGGAGAAAACCCCUUCCAGUUCGAAGCUGUGGAGCGCGAAGGCGCUGCCGAACGCACUGUUAUUAAAAAUAAACUCCAGCGUUUGAAAGAGACGUUAACCCGGACGGAGAGUGAUCUCGAGGCCGAAGACGACAUUUCAACCGACGGGCGUGAAGAACGACGACCGGAAAUAACUACAAGAAGGCAUUCUAGGCUACAAUCAAGGCGAAGGAGGCUUCUUAUCAUUCCUGAUUCGGAUGAAGAAUCUUCGGACGACCCUAUUGCUGCGCAAUUACAACGCGAGAGAGAUAAGUAA